UUUAGCAAGUUGAGUUCAGUGAAGGUUUUUGCUAAAAAUUAAAUAGUUGUUGAAAUGAUCGAUUAUUCAUUGUUGGAGUCUGCCACAAAUAAUUUCAGCGAGCAUAAUAUCUUAGCUGACGGGGGAGUUUGCUGUGUAUACAAAGCUACUUUCAGCAACGAAGUCCUUGCUGUCGUGAAGAAAUUAGAUGGUAGUGGGCUGGAAUAUGAGAGAAUGUUUCAGAAUGAGCUGAAACUUUUUGAAAGAAUCAGGCACCCAAAUAUUGUCUCUCUUUUGGGUUAUUGCAUUCAUGGGCAGUCCAGAUUUCUUGUUUAUGAAUUCUUGCCAAAUGGCUCAUUGGAAUCACUAUUGCAUGGUAUUGGGCAACCCUUUCGUGGAUCAGCUUUAACUUGGCACUUGAGGAUGAAAAUUGCACUUGAUACAGCAAGAGGACUGGAAUAUCUGCAUGAGAAUUGUAACCCUCCUGUGAUUCAUAGAGACUUGAAAUCAUCUAAUAUUCUUCUUGAUUCACAGUUCAACGCCAAGAUUUCAGAUUUUGGACUUGCAAUUUGUGAUUACAACCAAAACAAAGCCAAUGUCAAACUUUCAGACACAUUAGAUCAUGUCGCUCCGGAGUAUGUUUUAGAUGGUAAGCUUACUGAGAAGAGUGAUGUCUAUGCAUUUGGAGUUGUUCUUCUCGAGCUUCUGUUGGGAAGAAAGCCUGUUGAAAAAAUGUCUUCUACUCAGAAUCAAUCUAUUGUCACUUGGGCCAUGCCUCAACUAACAGAUCGAUCAAAGCUUCCAAGCAUAGUAGACCCCAUAAUUCGAGAUACAAUGGACUUGAAACAUCUGUACCAGGUUGCAGCUGUUGCUGUGCUAUGCGUUCAACCAGAAGCAAGUUACAGACCAUUGAUAACGGAUGUGCUCCACUCUCUGAUACCAUUGGUGCCAGUUGAGCUUGGAGGAACGCUUAAAUUUGCAGAGAGAUCAUCACAACAAAGCUAAAUGCUUUCUUCAUUCUUUGUUUCACUACUAAUUAUAUGCAUUGGUGAUUGUGUUACUUCCUUUUGAGUUUAUCUUCAUCAGUUGUUUUUUGGUGUUGGAAAAGUUGUAGCUUUGUUGAUAUGUUAAACAAAAAAUACAGAAUGAGACAUGCUUCAAUCUUUAUGAAUGGAAAAUAAUGGAUGUGAUUAUUCUGAUCAGAGUUUGAUCA